AUGCGCACUUCUGGCCGCAAUGGGCUGAAUUACUUUUUUUAUCGUGGCUUCUCGUCUCUAUGUGGGGCGAAAUUAGAAGGCUCCGCCACGAGGGCGUAUUUUCCCUCCUUAGCAGCUUUUUUUUCCUUUUCUGCUUUCCUGGCUCUGCACGCGUCGUGUGGGCCGUGCAUGCCGCGUGGCGGGGACGAGGUCUCUGUUCAGCGCGGUGUGCCCUCCCCGCCGGGCUGCGGUGCGGCGUUUGGUGUUAGUGAUGGUGGAGUGCCAUUGCCUUGUGGCCUUGGAGUGGGCGAAUUUGCGUCUGAGGCAUAA